GUCCGAGAAGACUGCAAAAUGCUAGGCUUCCAUAUGAUUCACGAGACUCGAGAGCAUGCUCUAGCGACCUACCGUAGUCUCUAGAGUCGACCCUCGGCCAGUGGCAGAGGCGCAAGUGGUACCGGAGUGCAGCCCAUCACCCCUCAAAAGAAGAGGAAGCGUGCAGGAAGCGUGCUCCGGACAGUCUUGCAAACCGGGGACUGUCAGUUCUGACUACCUACGUGUCGUCAGCUUUGCAAGGAAAGCAAGGAUUCUUCAAAGAAGAAAUUCCCAACCUUGAGAGAAGAUACGUCAGAUGAGGCGAAACAUGGCCUCUGUCAAAGAGGAACAGCUGAGGAGGUAUCCUAUCAGGCAGUCUUUGGCAAAGGCUCAACCCUCUGGAGAUGAAACACGCUAUCUUUUGCCUCGCGGCCUUAACGAGGAGGGCGGAGUGCGCAACGCAAAGCGGCAGCGCGCUAAUGCAGUGAAGGAAUCUUCUGGGAUCCUCAACGUCAUUUUUCAAGACCGAGUCCAGGCGUUCAGGCACGAAAGAGGCCAGACAAUGGGGGACCUGUUUAGCGAUGCAAUCCAGCACUUCGAUGUGGCGGCAGCUGAAAGGAAGCAUUAUGAGCUGAGAGACACGCAGGGGGCUGUUUGUCCUUCCAAGAGCCUGGUUGAGAGUUUGCUAGAAGGCCAGACAGAGGGCCUUGAGGGGCCAGAGACUACGCUGCACUUGAUCAAAAAGACUCAGCAGCUUGAGUUACAUCAGUGCUGGCAGUUUGACCCUUUGAAAGACCUCCGGAAGUGGAGAGUGGACCCUGCGUAUGCUGCCAAGUACGAGACCAUCCUGUCAGACGAGGAUGGGGUCAUCAGGAUUGCAAGCACGCAGGCGGUGCCUGUGACGGAGGAACACCCCAUUGGAAUCCUACUGACCAGCAAAGACCUCUCUGCGAGGCUCUUUGGCAGAGACACGUGGACGAUCACCAUCAGCGACUUCGCGCAUGACAACGUCGAUCCCGAUGCGUACGGGGCCAUGGUCAGCUGCAGCGAGUUCGGCCACUUGUACGACCACGAGAAGAAGGUCCGAAACCCCAUGAUCAUUCUCAACGAGGACGCAUACUCGCUCGCCGGAAUCAACAGCUCGAUGGCCAUCUCCUAUGCCACCAUGGGCUUCAUGUGGGACUGCGUGGCCCGGACGCUUAUGAUGUUCGAGGUGCUGCCGAGCGGGGCGUGGCGCCUCCGGCGAACGGUGGACGCGUCCUGGGACCUGUCGCAACCGGCGGUGUAUGUCAGGCGGAGGUAUGCGGUGGAGCGGGUGAUCACAAUCAAGACGGGUCUGCCGCCCCCAUCUUUCUGCCUGCUCUGAAGUGGUACAGCCUCUGUCCGCCCCUCCUGCUUUGAUAAACUUGACUGUCACAUCUGCUGAAAGUCGCUUCAGGUAUGAUCACCUUUUCAGCAACUUGCUGAAAGAACUGUGACUUCGAUCGAACAACUCGACUGAGAGUAGGGACAUCAACGAGACACGGUAAUCGGAUCGGAUGGGUACUUGCAACCCCCAGGUAAUGGAAAUCGUAUUUGACCGAUCCGCACCGUACAAACAUGAUGGUCGAUCUGCCGACCUGUUAAGUUGUUUAAGCCUUUGUUUUUCAGUAAUCAGGACAAAUCGUAUUGUUGGAUACAUGCACGUGUGCGCCAAGAGAUGA